UGUGUGCGUGGAGCGUAGCUUGUUGAUGAGAAGAGUCAUGACACGUGCACGUUCCGUUGUGUGCAGAAGGCCAUGUUCCCUGCAGACCUUCCACCUGUGGAUGAAACUGAACUGAGGUCAGCAUCUGAAGGCUAUUUCUUGUCGUUGGAGUCCAGAUCACACGAGCAUGAGUGCUUUCAAUGGUCAGAAAGCACAAAGGUGACAAUAAGUGCCAGUAACGUCACAUGGUUGCAGCUGUUUGAGGAUAACCAAGCGGGAUGUUCGCUCCUGGCACUGCACCCACCUGACCGUCCGACUCACGUGGUGGCUUUAUACUUGCAUGGAAGGUGGUGGUCCGUGGACGACGUCACACGAACGUCCUGCAAAUCCAGGGUCGGCUUGGUUCCGGUGCGGUCGUUCACGGAGAGGCUGAUUAUGUUCCUGCUCAGCCAGGUGGUAGAUGGGCCGUCGCGGACUGAGGUGCUCUUCUCCCCGCACCCCCGCACGGAGAGUGCCAAGCUGCUGUGGGUGGACGGCCGGGCGGUGGGCUUCUACACUGUCAAACAUAAAGGCAGCCUGUGUGACGGCCGGAGUAGCCGAUGCUACCUCCUGCCCGUUCUGGACUCGGUGCUGGUGAGGAAAAGCUGGAGGAGGAGAGGACUGGGCCUGAAGAUGCUAGCUGACUUCUGCUCCUCGUUCCCCGGUGAGGAGGAGUUGGGAGUCAGCGUGCCGCUGUCCUCCAGCAUGGUGGCAGUGUGUAGGCGCUUCCUGCAGCUGCACGAAGACCACCGAGAGCGCCUGUAUGAGGUGGAGGCCCCCGGGGGCUGGACCCAACGGCGAAACAUCUGGCUCAACAUCCAAUUACGCAGAUAUCCACUCAGUCGAGAUGACGCGGGUGACGAGGGCCAAAAAGAUUCAAGCAGAUCCCCAGACUGACCCGAUGACGCACGAGCAUAUAAUCCAAGCUCUCGAGUGGUCCACAUAGGCCGGCGCACAAAACAAUGCAUAUAGAAAGAAAAAUCAUAUGCUCAAAUGAAAUGCUAGAUAUUGUGUAUAUGCAGCAUGAUACCUUACGACAGCAAUCCACCCCAUUUUCGCGAAGCUAAUAGACAACAUAACACAAUUACACAAUUCUCACCUAUGCAGUAUUUAUGCAAAUGGAUGAAGAUAUUUCACACACGGAAUCAGGUUUCAUUAAGGGAACACAGCAAUGUAAGACUUACUGUGUACUUGACUACAAGCACCUCAUAAAAGAAGACGGUUUAUCCUGUUUCGAGGCUUCUUUUUUUUUAAAGCCUUUGACAAGCUCGAUCACAAGUUUGUGUCUCGAACUUUAGAGCUAUUUGGUUUG